AUGGCGCGCCGUGUCGCAAACCUACUCGCCCUGGCCGCCGCGGCCGCCGCGGCCGCCGCGAAGUGCGAGGUCCUCCGCUCGUUGGAAUUUCAACAGCACACGGCGCCCAAGGGCGUCAGCGAGCUCCUCGGCCCCGUCGUGAGCCUCGUGAGCGAGAAGGCCGCCGAGGUCGGCGACAUCAAGAUCCGCUGGGACGGCGAGCUCGGCCUGCACCGCGUGGGCACGCACAAGAUAACGGCCGAAAACUCCGACGGCGCGUGCUUCGAGACCAUUAUUGUGGUAAAAGAUACGGAUGAGUGCACCGCGACCGGCGCAUGGGCCCACAAGUGCGACGCCUCCGCGACGUGCAAGAACCUCGUCGGCUCCUACGCGUGCGAGUGUUCCCCGGACUACUUCGCCGCGGAAGGGGCUUUAUUUGGAUGCGGCGGCUUCGCCUCGACGACGCAGUGCUGCGACGCGGCCGAGGACGAGGCGGCGUGCCUCGCCGCGUUUCGCUGCGAGGCAUCAGAGAUUGAAAGGUUGCGGGAGCGGGCCACAACCUAUGGACUCGUCGCCGCCGUCGCCGUCGCCCUCUGCAUCAUCACGGUUAUCGUGGCGUCGAACGCGCAAACCGCGAGCGCCGCCACGGCGCGCGCAAGCCUGACGCCGCCGCGCCCGGCGCCCAAGGUCGUCUCCUACCAGUUCCUCGCGCCGGACGACUCGGCGAAGGAGCCGUACCAGUCGCCGUUCGAUUCGCCGACGAUCUGAGGCUGAAGCUCUCGCCAGACGCCUUCGCUGCGUAUCUGAGCACGCCUCGAGGC